AUGGCCCGGCUGCUCCGCAUUGCCUGCAUCCUGGUCUGCUGCCCCGCGCUGCUGCAGGGCAAAGCUUCAGAGUACCAGCUGGAGUCAGAGACACUGAGCCGAUGUGAGCUGCUGAGAGGCGUCGCUGUUGCCAAAGAGCAAGAUGAGAUCCCUCACUGCGCUGAGGGCGGCAGGUUCAGACCUGUGCAGUGCAGUGGGCGGGGUCAGGAGUGUUGGUGUGUCGACACUGAAGGUCAGGAGGUCACUGGGACUCGAACCAACGGCUCAGCUCCUCAUUAUUUUGGAAAUGAUGCUUCCAUCAGAGCCAGAAAGGACCAGGAGGCGGGCGCAGGGUUUCCAGAAGCUUUUGAGACGUUCAGCAGCUUCAGGAAGUUUUUCCCGCUGGUUUCCUCCUACUGCUUCUGCUCAGACAGCCGAGGCCGAGAGCUGGAGAACACAGGUGUGGAGCUCCUCCUGUCUGAGGUGUACGACUCGGCGUUCUCUGGUCUUCGCUCCGGUCACUCCUUCUCCCAAACCAACAUCUACCGAGUCCUGCAGAGGAGGAUGCUGGGAGUCCGCCUCGCCCUCACCGGACGCUUCAGAUGCCCAUCUCCCUGUGAGGAGGAGCGGCGAGCAGCGAUGGAGGCGAACAGCGUAUUCAUCCCAUCCUGUGAGAACGGAGGAGCCUUCACCUCCAAACAGUGCCAGCAGGGGGGGCAGUGCUGGUGCGUUGACCCCGCGGGGAGAGAGCUUCCUGGGACUCGGCAGCACGGAGACUCCCUGACCUGCAGUUCAGGUCCAGCUGACUGCCGCUCUCAGCGCCGUCUGGCGCUCUCCCGUCUCUUCUCUGGUCCCGUCGAGCCUCCUUUUCAGGCCUCCUCUGGUAGCCCUCCAGCCUCCUGUCUCUCCCUCCUCCAGCCUCUCAGGGACCUCCUCCCAGUGGACUCUGACCCCACCUCUUUUCUGUCUCAGCUGGUCGAAGUCCUGCAUGGCCUGUUCCCCUCUGUGGGCGGGGCUCUGCAGGCUCUGACUCGCUCCUCCCCCCGCCGCUUCCAGGAGAAUCUGUUUGGAGGGAAGUUCCUGAAAAACGCAGCAGCUUUCAACUUCAGCGGGGCGGUGGGAUCUCGGGGAGCUCUGAGUCUGGACCCGGCGUCCUCUCAGACCCUCGCUGUCCGCCUGCAGAGGAACCAGGACCUGGUCCAAUCUGUCAGCAGAGCCCUGGAGGACCCCGCCUUCCUCUCCACCCUCCAGCAGACGCUGACGGGUCUCAGCAGCUCUCAGUCUGCCUCCGUGGAACAGGUCCUCGCUGCUCUGCUGCGCUCCUGCUCCGCGGAUGAUGACGAUGACCUGGCGGCCAUCUUUGUUCCCAGCUGCACACAGAGCGGUGCUUUCCAGGAGGUCCAGUGUCAGGGUGCAGAGUGUUGGUGCGUUGACCCUCAGGGGCGGGAGGUGAAGGGGUCUCGGACCGUCACUCGACGACCUCGCUGUCCGUCCCCCUGUGAGAGAGCGCGGGCGGCGGCCCUCGAGGUGAGAUCGAACAUGGUGGCCAGUGCUGAAAUCCACAUCCCGGCGUGCUCGCGGGAUGGAGACUUCCUGCCGCUGCAGUGCGUCGGCUCGCGGUGCUUCUGCGUGGACGCUGAGGGGAAGACAAUGACUGCCGGGCCAGCAGGGGGCGCUGUCACCUGUCCAGAGAGAAAAGCAGAGACGCUUCGAUCCUCUGCAGGUCGGUGCUCGCAGGCGUUGGCCGAGGUCGAGACCUUCAGACAGGAAGUGAAGAGCAUCGUCGCGCUCUCUAACUCCUCCCACAUCCCUCUGGGAUAUGGAUUCCUACUGGCCGAAGGUCUGCGUCUGACCCGUGAGGAACUCCAGAUCAGCCAAUCAGAGGAGGAGCUGCAAGUUUCUGAGACGCUACUGAGGCGCCCCGGAGCUGCUCUGCGAUUGGCUGCUUUCUCCACUGUUCAGAUGCUGCUGCCUCGUCAGCGUCGCUCGUACCAGCCGUUUACUCCUCAGUGUGACGCCGACGGACGCUGGCUGCUCACGCAGUGUUACCACAGCACAGGUCAGUGUUGGUGUGUCGAUGAAGACGGACAGUACAUCUCUGAUUCUCUGACCAGCCGCUCGCUCAGCCUGCCCAAAUGUUUGACUCGCUGUCAGAGAGCAAAGGCUCGCUCCCUGCUCUCCGGUUGGAUGAAAGGCUCUGACAUCACCACCUCCUCACCUUACCACCCAACCUGUGAGCAGCUUCCCUCAUCAGGCCGCGCUGUGUCGCUAUGCGACGACUCCUCGGUGACUCUGCAGUGUGACGGUGACGACUCGCUGAGGUUGACGGUGAGAUGGAGCGCUGCUCUCUAUGACCUCCCGACCUCUGACCUCCCAGACCUCCACGACGUUGGUCUCUUCCUGAAUGAGUCCAGGCUUCUGGAGGGACUUCAGGGAAUUCUGCGCUCCGUGUUGUCAUCAGAGCCCAAACUGGUUUCUGUGACUACACCGAGCUUCGGCUGUUCCCGUGGUUACCAUCUGGACAGUGACAGCGAGGGCUGUGUCGUUUGUCCUGCUGGCAGUUUCUCCCAGGAGGGGGUGUGUCAUCUGUGUCUUCAGGGGACCUAUCAGGACGAAGAGGGGCGGGACUUCUGCAACAAGUGUCCCACAGGGUCAUCACCUGCUGGAGCAUCAUCUGUCAAAGAAUGUGUGACCGAGUGCCAGAGGCGGGGCCUGCGGUGUUCGCAGCGAGGGGACUUCCUGCCAGCGCAGCCGGAUGUCCUCGCGGGCAGGUGGAGGUGCUUCAACAGCGAGGGGGUGGAGCUCGAGUGGAGCAGCAGCGAAAAGCUUCUGACUGAUGACGAGUGCUCAGUCCUCAGCAGGUUUCAAGCUGUUCCCACAUCAGACCUGAUUGUUGGAGCUGCAGAUGCUGAAGUGCUGCAGACGAUGACCUCUGACCUCACUGCCUGUGUCCGGGCGUGUGCAGCACAGCCUUCCUGCCACCAUGUGGCGCUAAUCAACAGCCAGACUCAGUGUGAACUGUACAGCACACACAGCCUGAACACACACUGCAACACCUCCCAGCAGUCCAGUGGUUUUCUGGCUCAGGCUGAGAUGUUUGAUUCGCUAAGCUGCUAUCUGAGAGUGAGGGGCGGAGCUUCAGAUCUGCUGGUCAUCAGGAAGAAAGGUGCAGAGUUUUCCUCGCAGCAGCAGCAGCAGCACAGGUUUGUGAGGAUGAGGAUGAUGAAGGCGGUCUCAGGUGUGUUCAGGACUCAGGUGUUCUCCUCCAGGCGGACCUCUCUUUCCGACGCUCAUCGUUUCUGUCAGGACGGCUGCAGCCGCGACACCUGCUGCGACGGAUUCAUCCUCAACCAGAACAGCCUGGAGGGAGGGUCCCUGCUCUGUGGCUGGUUGAGAGCGCCAUCAGUGCUGACGUGCGGGGACCAGGACUGGGACGUGAUUGGUCAGGGAGCGGCGGAACGCAUUUGCGGGGCGGGGCUUACCUACAACGUGCAGGAGGGCAACUUCUUGUUUGACUUUGGAGGACAGAAGUUCACCAUCGCUGAUUCUGCUCUGCCAGCUGACAGCAAGAACAGGAAGGACUAUCAGUCCUCCGUCGUCAGCUUCCAAGCCAUCUACCUGAACACUGCUUCGGCCGUCGGCGGUUCUGGUUCUUCCUCGUGUGCUGCAGCUGAGCUCAGCCCUCCUCUGGACGCUUCAGUCCAGCUGAAGUUUGCGUCUCUGUCUGAGGACGACGUUGUCGUGGAUCCUCAGAGGAAGCUCCCCGCUCUCUCCUUCUGGCUCAACAAGAACAACUACAACUCCCAGCAGGCACAGCUCUGGUGUCUCACGCGUUGUAACGAGGAGCCGCAGUGCUCGGUCGCUGACCUCAGAGAUGCCGACUCGGCGGGUUUCUUCAGCUGCUCGUUGUAUCCGGACAGCAGAGUUUGUGGAGCUUACGAUAAACCUCUGAGACGACCCUGCAGCCUCCUGCUGGACAGAGCGCCCAACAACACCUACAGCAAGAAGGUCGAUCUGUCUGGACCAGUGAAGAGCUUCUAUGAGAGAGUUUCCUUCAAGAAGAUGGUUUCUAACUCUGUACGCAGCCAAGUCACCCUGGGAGAAAACACACCGCUGUCUGAGGGGUUCAUGGAGUGCGAGCGCCGUUGCGACGAGGAUCCCUGCUGCCGUGGCGUCGGCUUUGUCCGUUACUCCAAAUCCAGAGUGAAUCAGUGGAGUUCGUCUCCUGCUCUCUGUCCUCCGUUCAGCCUGCCACCGACCAGAACCAACAUUUCGCUGGACGACUGGAGCCUCCUCGCCGACUCUUCAGUCCUCGUCGACCCGUCUCUCUCUACCUAUGAUGUCAUCCACGUGAGCCGUGAUAUCGCCGGUGACAGAGAUAAGACCAGGGACUGGUGUCUCCAUGCCUGCCAGGAGGCGGAGUCUUGUGCCGCUGUGUCACUCAGUGAGGUGGAGUCCGCCACGCGCUGCGUUCUGUACCCUGACACGACAGUCUGUGGCCUAAGCUCCGCCCCUGAAUCCCCCGCCUCGUCUUCCUGUCGACUGGUCGUGAGAGAGCCCGCCCCCCAGGUGUACCUGAGACGCGGCGUUUUCUCAGAGCUGUCGCGUACGUCCGUUUCUAUCCCGGGCCAGGGGGUGCUGCAAGGCGUCGCCGUGGAAACAGCACUGGCAUCAGACAGGAGGACGGUCAUUCAGUUCCUCGGAGUCCCGUACGCUCGUCCUCCAAUAGGAUCGCUCCGCUUUGAAGCAGCUCAGCCGGCUGAGUGGACGGGAACCUGGGACGCCACCAAACCACGCGCCAGCUGCAUCCAGCCUGGUGACGCAGCCUCUGCAGCCUCCAGUGAGGACUGUCUCCACCUCAACAUCUUCACUCCUGCUGACCUGAGGGGGCGUGCUCCAGUCCUGCUUUUCUUCUUCAACCCUUCGGCCAAUGAGAACCCAGGACUGCUGGACGGCUCCAUCCUCGCUGCUAUGGGUAAUAUCGUCGUGGUAACAGCGAGUUACCGGACGGCGGCGCUGGGAUUCCUGAGCACAGGUGAGUCUGGUCUCCGUGGUAACUACGGCCUCUCGGACCAGGAGGCAGCGCUGCGCUGGGUCAAAGACCACAUCUCGCUGAUGGGCGGAGACAACAGCAGAGUGACGGUGGGGGCGGAGCGCGGUGGUGCUGACGUCACCAGCCUUCACCUCCUGUCUUCGUCUCGUCCUCUGUUCCAGAGGAUGAUGCUGAUGGGCGGGUCGGCGUUUUCUCCAUCACUGGUUCAGGCCGACGUGUUCCUUCCUCUGGAUGUUCAGCUCGCCUUCGGGACACCUCAUCAUCCAAUGAGCUCUCAGCGCUUCACCUCCUCUGAUCGGCGCCUCUCUCUUGCCAUGAUGACCUACGUCUCCAGCUUCAUACGGAGCGGGAACCCAAACCCAUCCCGAUCGUGGGCGGAGUCAGUUCUGCCCCGCUGGCAGCCAGUGCUGUCCUCAGAGGCUCCGCCCACCUACCUGGAGCUAAGCACUAACCUCCAUCAUCAGCGGGGUUUGAGUCAGAGCUCCUGCUCCUUCUGGACCCAACUGGCACCCAAACUGACGAGUCUGACAGGUGCAUCGGGGGCGGAGCCUGUUCAGCCUGCACUAAUGACAUCAUCACCCGCUUAGGGGACUUCACGCAGUUUCAUCUCCCAUAAUUCACUUUGAUUCAGAUGGUUGCUGUUGAUCAGUUUUGCUCAUAAUCAUUAAUAAAAAGCAUC